GAGAUAAUGGUUGUGUGAGGAGCCGAGAGAUGGCGCACCGGGAUAUCAUCAUCGUCUGCUAAUUUUGUGUUCCAGGCUGCCUCAGAUACAAUGUUGUAGCCACUGGAGUUAGGACCAGGGAUGGAUCACCUUAUCUUCCUGGCUCAAGAAAGAGUGGAGUCUGUACAGGUAACUUUGCACUCAGCUACAACUCGUUUUGCCAACAAUCUUGUGUCUCUGGGAAAUGGGGUCAAAGCAUCCUUCAACAGCACUCAUUCUGUUAAGAAUCAGAGGUUCAGUGGAGACGUAGCAGAGAAGGUUCGAGACUGGCUUGCUAAACUAAGGGAAGCAUUAAGUGUGUUCUCUCCUUCUGAAGUGUAUAACCGGUUUUUAAUAUUUUUCCUAACCGAAGUCACACGUACACACAUAUAUUUUGGUGGAGCAUGUUUUUUUGCUGGUAGUAUCAUUGGCAUACUGGUGGGCAUGAGGCUUCGCAGUAGUAUGGUUGCUCCACAGCGAAUGAGAGCUGUUGUGGCCAUCAGUUACAGAGGAAUGGAGGCCAUUGGAGUAGUGGAAGAUGUGGUUGCUCCAAGAAUUGUGGAUCCACACCAAGUAUUAAUUCAAGUCAAAGCUGCUGGGAUUGACUAUCUGGAUAUUAAAGUGGCUGAAGGCUAUGGUCGUGUAUUGAGAAAACAACUUAAUAAAUAUAAUCCUAAUAUGGAUGGAGAGUUUCCAGUUGUUUUGGGACGAGAUUGUUCUGGGGUGGUGGUGGCCGUGGGCAAGGCAGUCACACGAGUGGAGCAAGGAGAAGAGGUAUGGCUUGCAGUUCCAUUUUAUCAUCCUGGGACUUUGAGUGAAUAUUUGGUAGUAUCAGAGGAGCUGGUGGCUCUCAAGCCAUCACAGUUAACAUAUGAGGGAGCUGCCGCACUGCCCUACAGCAUCAUGAUUGCUUGGGAUGCCCUUGUGACACAAGGAAAACUUGGACCCAAUACUACUGAAGGGAAGAGAGUUUUGAUUCACGCAGGUGCUUCAGGUGUUGGAGUAGUGGCCAUACAGCUGGUGCGGGCCUGGGGAGGGAAUGUUACCACUACAGUGUCUUCACGAGCCGCACCUCUGGCACACCUGCUAGGUGCUGAGGACGUCAUCACCUAUGAUAGCUCAAAUUUCGAUAAGGAGCUCUUGCUGAGAGAGAAGUAUGAUGUUAUACUCAAUACAGUGGGCCAGGUACUACAUGAAUCCUGUUUAAAACAUUGUCUUCCUGGUGGAGUUGUCGUCACAACUACCUCCUCUCAGUUGGCUUCAGACUCCUAUGGUUAUGUAAUUGGAGGCCUCUAUUCUUUAUAUAUGAGAGCAAGAUAUUGGCUCACAAAGUCACCAUGGUUGACUGGUGGUAGAUGGGGGACUGUGGUGGUGAGCGGCAGUGUGUUGGAGAAGGUUUCUCCACUUAUAGAAUCAGGGCGUCUUCAGGCAGUUGUUGACAAAGCGUACUCUGCUCAGGAUGCUGAGGUGGCCUUUUCACAUGUAGCUAAAGGUGAACAGAUUGGGAAAACUGUAGUCCGAUUUAGUAUUAACACACCAGUUAGGAAUCUAGGAAUGGCCUUUUGUAAGUAUAUAUGAUAUUAAUAUUUCGGUACCAUUUUAAAUAAAAAUUCUGACAUAAUUUAAUGCCACAUUAAAAAUAUAUCCAGUAUUUGAGUGACAACAAAAAUAAUAAUUGGUCUCAUUAUAAAAACAAAAACAUUUUAGUAAAUUAUUUGCAUUUGGUAAAAUAAUAGUGGGAUGUGUCUGAGUACUGCAUAGGUUUACAUUUCUAGUUACAUCGUAUGUCAAGUGCCAGAGUGGCACCUUUAGCUGGAUUCAUUUUAUGCCCACUAUAGUAUAACUUGGUUUAUUAUUUUAAUUAUUAUUUUAUACAGGUACAUUAUAGUUGUGAAUGUGAAAUGGAAACCUGUAAUUGUUUUACAUGAUGGUAGGAUUGCUAGUGUCUUUUUUUUUUUUUGUCUCAUAAAUAUAUUGGAUACCAGGUAUAUCUUGCUACUUCUGCUUACACUACACGUGCAUGUACAGACACACAUACAGCCUCUCCUCACUUGGCAACGUAUUCGUUUACCAACGCCUCGGACUUAUAAUGGGCUCUCUGACCAGUAUUCAUACCUAAAUAAUGUAUAUUAAAGCUGAUUUCCUCUA